AUGGAUAAUACAACUCAUAAAGUUGAAACAACCACAACCACCACAACAACAUCAAAUGGAGGUUUUAUGGAUCAUUUAAAAGAUAUUGCACACCAUGGUAAAGACUAUUUAAAUAAAGGAUGGGAAUUUACCAAAGAAAAAGCCAAUGAAAGUUACGAAUACUCCAAAGAAAAAGCAUCUGAAGGUUUUCAAUUUUCAAAAGAAAAAGUCGGUGAAUUUAGCCAUGCUAUAAAUGAAUCACUUCCAGAGAAAUUACAAUACCAUCCAGAUGGCACAGUUAAAACCACUGAGACCAAAAAAGUUCAUGAAAACCUUGAUGGUAGCAAAACUGUUGAACAUGAAAAAACAACAACAGUCCACGACACUAAAGUUUAAUCAAUUAUUAAACUAAAUUAAAAACAACAAUAAAAAAAAAAGAAAUAAAAAUAAUAUUUACUAUUU